UUACGUGUUCCGGUUCUUUGUCAUCAAUGGGUUGCCGGACUAGUCCAUUUUAUGUGCUUUUCAAAUUCAUUUUUCGCAAUAUUUCAGGCGGUUUCGGAUUAAUUAGAUGAACUGACAGAACCUUUACGACUUUCCCAUUGUGUUACGCAUAAUUCUUUUGACGAAAGUGCAGUAUUUGAAACGAUGGCAUAUACGCCCUUCUGAGGCCGGCAAGCCGCGGCCACUUCAGCUGACUCGUCGUCGUGACGUCGUACGCAAGGCUACUCUAUCUAAACUAGUAGUAGUCCGGUGAUCGACUGAGGCGGUCGAGUGCGGCAUUGCGGAAGUGAUAUGCGGAUAUGUCGUUGAGGGUUAAAAUGUUAUUGGAACGAUUCCCAUAAACGCGAGCGCGACUGUAUCGCGGCCGGGUGAGUUUAGUAUCGCGCUAGAAAUCGUAAAGAGUCGUGCGAACGGAGGGCGCAGCGCUAACGUAGCGAGUGCCGCGGCGGAGGACCGGACCGAGCCGAGGCUCAAUAAUGCUCAAGUUCCUGACUCACAAGCUGCGGACGCAUUCGUUGAAUGAGGAGAACGUUUCCGAGAAGGUGGAGGAGCGGGACUCCGGCACUGAGUCUGACGACGAGGCGGACCGCGAGCCCGUUGAUUACUGCACAGACGUCAUCAUGAAGUGGAACGACGUCACGGAUAUCAGUAUGGGUGGCGAGGCGUGCGCGUGCGCACCUACGCCGCCACGACUACUACCCGAGCCCGAGCCUGACCACUUGUACGACCACCACUCCUCCGAGGAGGAGCUAGAGGUGAUCAACGGCGCGCCGAGCGGCGCGGGCGCGGGCGCGGGCGCGGAAGCGGGCGCGGGCGCGGCGGCGGGCGCGGGCGCGGGCGCGGGCGCGAGCGAGUCGCGGCGGCGCGGCGCGUCGUCGCCGCCGCCCGCCGCGCCCGAGAAGCGCAAGUGGCCCGCGCAGCCCUACCUCGACGCCGACGCGGACGACCUCGCCGCCAGGGCGCCCUCCUCCGACGACGACGACACCAAGGUAGAGACUCCGGUGCGGUUCCGGACGUCACCUCCCCUGGAGGCACUGAAGCCGCGGCGGGCGGGCGGCACGGUGUGCGCGUGCUCGAGUAGCCGCGGCGAGCGCGCCGAGCGCGAGCGCGAGCGAGCACCGGCUUCGCCGCGACGUCGCCGGAUGCCCCUCCCACCACCGCGCCGGCAUCGGCCUGCUCUUGAUUUUGAUAAGAUGCAGCAGGUAUGAUCUACAUCUUGUUGUAA